AUUACGCAAAAAAGUGAUAAAUGCAUAUGUUUUAUAUAACAAAUAUUGUUUUAAAUAUUUUACAACAGAUUAUAAACCGAAGUAUCAAUCUACUAUAGUUCUACACUAUAUAUAAAUGUAUUAUUAUUAUUACUGUGUUAUAUGAGAAGAGUUGAUAGCACAGUUCAUGACAGAUAAGACAGAGUAAACUAAAUUUUAAUUUGCGAAACAAUUGCAAUAAGUUCAUUCUCUAUGAUCGCUUAUAAAUAUAUUUUUUAAAACGUAUCAGUUUAUUUGUGAUAAUGUUUUAAAUGCAUGAACAAUAUUAUUUUUCAAUAAACGAUAUAAAUAAACAAUUAAACAAAAUAUAUGUCUUUAAUGAGAAGAAUAAAGGAUAUAAAACUGUAAUAAUUGCAAAGUAAUAAUACUAUGUUUCAAAAAUGUGUCCUGCGUUAUUGGAAAAUGAAGAGCGUUGUUUGGGUGGAAUGACAUUUUUUGCUCAAAGUCAUCCAGUUGAAGUUUGCGGAAGUAAUGGCCUUCCAUUAACACCAAACUCCAUAACUAUUUAUGGGAAAUCUCAAUUUUUAAAAACUAUAUGUCAUCCAAAUUUAUCAGAAUAUCUUGAUAUUAUUAGAAGUAAACAUGAAAGGAUAGUGGUAGUUUCUGAAUAUAAUGGAGAACCUUUAAGUAUUAAAAAGGAUCUAUGCAUGAAUGAUAUUGUAAAGAUUGCAUUCCAGUGUCUAUUAGGUUUACGACAAAUGAAUGAUUUAGGUCUAGUUCAUAGACACUUAAGUCCAGAUAAUAUACUUAUAAAUAAAACUGGAAAUGUACAAUUAUACAAUUACGGCUUGUAUUAUAUGACUGACAGAGGAAAAAAUGUAUCUUUUCCAAUUGGGUAUCCAAAAUAUACAGCUCCAGAAGUAUUUUUAAGUAAUGGACUCAGUGGUAUAAAGGUAGAUUCUUGGUCACUUGGAAUAAUAAUUGCAGAACAAUUAUUGAAAAAACAAAUCUGGUCUGGAGUAAAGUUAUCGCAAUGUUUACGCAAAGCUCUAAGUCUUAUACAUUGCGAAACUUCUGUAUUUGAGCGUCUUGCAAGAGAACAUAAUUGUUUUGAUAUUUAUGAGGAAUUAUCUUCCGAAAUAAAAGAAUUUGUUGAUUCUUGUUUACAAGUACAUUCAUCAAAACGUAAAACACCAGAGGAACUAUUACAAUUACCAUUAUUCAUAGAUCUUUUAAUGCAAAAUGAACAGGAAAAGGAAGAAAGUCAAUACAAAAACGUGAUUGUUAGAAAAAUGAAUGAGUUGUAUUAUCUUUGGCAAUUAGCGGGAGGAGAUAUCACAGUAGAAUUAAAAAAACAAGGCCUCAUUAGAUCAAGACCACCUAUUUUAUCUAUACCUAAUUUAGUAAUAUUAUUAGGACAAAUAUUUGGAAGAAGAGAUACAGCUGGCUUACUUGAUCUUAGAGUUGUUAAAGUUUCUUUAGAUACUUUACAUCAACGCUUGUCUCACAUUCCAUACAUUGCUAAUUAUCCUUGGUUAACUCCUGAAAUGCGUGUCCAUGCGCAGGAAGAUUUAACAAGUGCUGCGUCACAGUUACCAUUGAUAAUAAGAGAAAGAGAUACAGAAUAUCAAUUUUAUAGAUUAGUUUUAUAUGACAGACUCUUGCAGAUUUUACCACUUACACGAGAGGCAAUUAUUAAAGAGGCACAUAAAGAUAUUCCACCGUUGGUUCGUGGAGCUGUUUGGGCAGCUUUACUUGAUAUUACCGGUGAUGUUCAACAACGAUAUGACAUGAUUGAUAAAGAAACACCUACACAUACAGAUAGGCAGAUAGAAGUAGAUAUACCAAGAUGUCAUCAAUAUAGUGAAUUAUUAUCAUCUGGGUCAGGACAUGAAAGACUACAAAGAUUAUUAAAAGCAUGGGUUAGAAAUAAUCCACACUAUGUAUAUUGGCAAGGGUUAGACUCAUUAACAGCACCAUUUCUUUACCUAAACUUUAAUAAUGAAGCAAGAGCAUUUGAAUGUUUAUCUGCAUUCAUACCAAAAUAUCUUCAUAAGUUCUUUCUAAAAGAUAAUUCUGCAGUAAUACAAGAAUAUUUAGGAAAAUUUUCUCAAAUUAUUGCAUUCCAUGAUCCACAAUUGGCAAAUCAUUUGAAAUCUAUUAAUUUUGUUCCCGAAUUGUUUGCUAUACCAUGGUUUCUUACUAUGUUUUCACAUGUAUUUCCAUUACACAAAAUAUUGCAUUUGUGGGAUAAACUUUUAUUAGGAGAUUCAUCAUUCCCACUUUUAGUUGGAUUAGCAAUAUUAAAACAAUUAAGAGAUUCUUUACUUGCGUCAGGAUUUAACGAAUGUAUUCUUUUGUUUUCUGAUCUGCCAGAAAUUGAUAUAGAAUUAUGUGUAAAAGAUUCCAUGACUAUGUAUCAAAAUACACCACCUAGUAUAACGUACAGAAAACAUCAAUUGAAUAGAUCAAAAGAAAUGAAUUGGACAGAUCCUGAACCAGGAACGGAAAAAAUGCCAAGAAUAAGUGUAGAUGAUUUUUUAAAUCUGUUAAAUAAUACUCCUGAUGAAGUAAUAGCUGUGGAUAUACGUAAUAACAUACAAUUUGAAAGAGGAGCUGUUAUAGGAAGUAUCAAUAUUCCUUUCACAAGUGUGCAACUCUCUCAAACGAAUAUUGACACUCUUGGACCUCAUGCUAAACCUCUUGUAGAUAAUAAAAAUUGUAUAGUCGUUAUUAUAGGACCCCAUGAUCAAAAUAAUGCGCUGUUUGCGGACUUUCUUGUAAAAUGUGGUGUCACGGGAGUAUGUUCUUUACAAGGUGGUAUUUAUGCUUUACGAACAAAAUCUCCUAAUAUUAUAGUAUCUAUACGGUAAAUACAUUUAUGAAAUAUAU